ACAUCCCGCCUCAUACUAACUUCCAACCCCCCUUCCCAACCACAGAGUAACUUCUACAAGACUUUCACACGGCCCGUGGCAAAAUGCGCCCUUCUAGCCGUCUUCACCUAUCAGCUCGUCUACUUUGGCUGGACCAAGCUGGAGCACGAGGAGAUCAAGGCUGAGCGGCGAGGUGAGUGA